UAACGCAGAUUUUUAAGAACAGACUCAAGGUCUGAAACAGCUGGCUAUCUCUAUUCAUUGUUGUGGCGACGUUCAUUGUCAGUAAAUUUUUCGUUGUUCUUUGUGGUGACUGAUGGCACAUGUUUGAUACACGUAUAACGUAUUGACAAGUUGCAGCUACGAGGAAUAAACAUGCCUCAAUAUACAAUUAAAGUUAAAUGGGGCAAAGAGCUCUUUUCUAAUGUAGAAGUUAAUACCGAAGAAGAUCCAAUAUUAUUUAAGGCACAGCUCUUUGCGUUGACCGGGGUUCAACCAGAAAGGCAAAAAGUUAUGCUCAAAGGAAUGACACUCAAGGACGAUGACUGGGGCAAUCUAAAACUUAAAGAUGGUGUCACGAUACUUAUGAUGGGUUCCAAGGAGGAAGAUGUACCUAUAGAACCAAUAGAAAAGCCAGUGUUCUUGGAAGAUAUGAAUGAAGCUGAAUUGGCUACUGCUUUAGAUUUACCAUCAGGUUUACUUAAUCUCGGCAACACGUGUUAUCUAAAUGCGACUGUACAAUGUUUAAAAACCGUACCGGAAUUACGAGAAGCUUUGAAGAUUUUCUCAGGAGGUUGGACGACAGGCGCAAGUUUAUCGAUAACUGCACAAAGUAUAACCGCAUCGUUGAGAGAUCUGUACGAUAACAUGGACAAGGGAACAGCUAGAGCACCGCUUGUUUUGCUUCAAAUGCUACAUUUGGCUUUUCCAAGAUUUGCAGAAAAAACCGAACAGGGGGUAUUUCAGCAACAAGACGCAAAUGAAUGUUGGACAGAGUUAAUUAGGAUGUUGCAACAAAAGUUACCUGCAAAGAACAAUCCAGAUGUAUCGGAAGAUGUUAGUAAAGCCUCUAAACCAAGAUCAUUUAUCGAACAAUACUUUGGAGGUAUAUUUGAUUAUGAAUUGAAGUGUACUGAAUCCGAGGAUGAACCAGCCACUAUUGGAAAAGAAGAAUUCUUACAAUUGAGUUGUUUUAUUUCAACUGAUGUUAAGCAUAUGUAUUUUGGACUUAGGAAUAAGAUGCAGGAGCAAAUUACAAAAAUGUCUCCGACGCUUGGAAGAAAUGCUACUUAUACAAAAACCUCAAAAAUUAGCAGGCUACCAGCAUAUUUAACCAUACAAUUUGUACGGUUUUAUUACAAAGAGAAAGAAGCGAUUAACGCAAAAAUCUUGAAAGACGUUAAAUUUCCCUUGGAAUUUGAUGCUUUUGAGUUAUGUAGUUCCGAACUUCAAAACAAACUUGUACCGAUGCGUGAGAAGUUCAAAGAAUACGAAGAUACUCUGGUAGAGGAAUCUUGUAACGCAAAAACUAAGGAUAAAGGAGAUGGCGCAAAAACAGAAAUGAGAAAAGAACCAUUCUGGUUUAAGGAUGAUUUGGGAUCAAAUAAUAGUGGCUAUUAUAAAUUACAAGCGGUUCUAACGCAUCGAGGACGUUCCAGCAGCAGUGGUCAUUAUGUCGGUUGGAUUCGACAGAAGGGUGAUACGUGGAUGAAGUGCGACGAUGAUGUUGUCACGGCCGUUACCAGCGAAGAAGUUUUAAAACUCAGCGGAGGCGGUGAUUGGCAUUGCGCAUACGUUCUUUUGUAUGGCCCUAGAAUUUUGGAAGUGGAAGUGAAGGAUACAAAAGACGAUCCAGUUAAUACAAACAGUACUAAAGCUUAACUGAUAAACACGUGCUUUAAAUUAUGCUAGACAAGAACGUGCUUGGGUUGCUAGCUCUAUACAAAUACUUGUUUGUUCUUGUACCACGUAAUAUAACAGCGUAAACAUUAAAAAACAUUAUUAUUAUCAUCACGUGCUACAAUAUAUAUAUAGUAUUUGGAAUAAUAAUUUCGUCAUAUAUGGAAAUCAACUUUUAUUACCUACAGUAAUUUUUUUGCUUGAAUAUGAGAUAAAGGCUGCGGUCCACUUGACGCUACAAAUUCUUUGGAGCGUUUUUCUUCUCCUUUCUUCAUUGAAAGAAAAGAGGAAUGCUUCGAAGCAUUUGUAGCGUCAAGUGGACCGCAGCCAAAGACGAAUAAAUUGGUCGUAGGUUAAUCGCCAAUUUCCACUGUUCAUAAAGUACAUAAUAGGUGUCGAUAUGUCAGCAGAAAUACGCACGUAAAAUAUAUAUAACUGCAUACACAUGAUUCGAAUACACAGACAAUAAGAAAUAAAGAGUUGUAAUUUAUUGUCCGUUUAUAUAUUAAUGCUAAUGUAUAAAAUUUUCUUUUUUUUUUUUACAUUUGAGAUGUAAAUGAAAGACCGUACUACGCUAUAAAAGCUGUACAUUUUAAUGAGAAGUAUAGGAUAAAAUGCUCUUUUAUAAUUGCAUGGCGAAUUGAGACAUUAUUUUCAAUGCCGAAUAGUUUUUUAAUUGUCCCCGCCGCCCCGGGAACCGGCUAUUUGAUAAGAACUUCCGGAAUCUCUAAUGUUUCGGCUCGCCGCUCGACUUAUGCGCCGUGCGCAUGUGUGAGAUUUACUCGUCAUUUUUAGGUUAGGAUAGGUGGCGAAUUUUCAUCAACCGUUUUCAUUAAAGUUAUAUUAAAUUGAAUCAAGUGUUUAUAUGUAUAUAUGUACUUGUAUAUAAGUAUAAUGAUGAAAUUUUCUUAUUAAUUUUCCUUAUCGUGCAUACCAGCAGUUUAUUAUGUAUUAAUUAUUGUAUUGUAAUAUAUGCAUUGUUUACUCGUAUAACGAUGGAGAAGGAGAGGUGCGUAGAAUGUUAACAAAUUUUUAAUAGAUAAACCUUGAAAAAAAUGCUCAAACCAUUUGAUUAAAAUGUUGUACUUUUUGUAUGGGAAAAAUGUAUCGAGGGUAAAAAUUGUAGAAUUUUAUCCAAUUAAAUAUUUUUAUCGUUUGA